CCAGCAGUCAAAUUAGCCUGUUCUCCCACGUGGACGAGCAUUAGUCACAGCUCGUUAAUUUUCCCAGGCCUUGUGACGGAAUCAGUUCGUGUAUAAAGGCAACACCUGUCGCCGCUGCAGAGCCAGACAGAGGAGCAGGGACGGACUGACGUGUGCGCAAAAGUCCUUUUAAAAAGCUGCAAAAGAAAAUGAACCCAAACAUCUGCGUGUGCUGUUUGUCUCUGCUUGUAUUGUUUAAUUUCGUUGGAGCCAAACCUGUGUCUGAUCUACAGACUCUGAAGCAGCUCUUAGAAGACGAGAUGAACACGGCGCCGUUCUCCUCCUCGGAGGAGAUGCAGGUGGAGGGGAAAGAUGCAAACACAGACAAGUCGGUGUUCGGAGCUUCAGAGGAGCACCCGUGGGACUCGUUCGACCCCAGCAACUCGGCGCUGGCGGCUAAGGAAAACGUCGUGGCGCGACUCUUCAAGGACCUCAGGAGGACCUCCAAGCGCUCGUGGAACCGGCCCAAGAAGGGCGGGCUGCGGAGCUGCUUCGGGGUCCGGCUAGAGAGGAUCGGCUCAUUCAGCGGCCUGGGCUGCUAAAGGGGCGGACGACUCCGGGGUUUUCCCAUCUUCACAUCAGCGUGCUCGCCAACACCGGGGCUCCUCUGGCGCGCACGAAGCUUUGAGCAGCACUUCCCUGUGCGGGUCCUGCAGUCUCUCCUGUGCGUGGUUCUCCUUCAGAACUGUGAUUCCCUGUUUCAUAUGUGAGCUGUUAAUAAAUAGUUGUAAAUGUAUUUA